CGACACCAACGGACGAGUAACGGCAGUUGUUCUGUGGCGGCUUGAGAACACCGGCUGUGGCGCAGCCCGUCUCCCUUGGUCAUCGUUGCCCGGCUCUGCCUCGUUCCCCCCUCUUCACUGUCUCCUCCCAGGGAAGAAACAAGAUGCCUAAUCAUGAAGAAAAGACCACUUCAAGUGACUCCAGUGCAUCUCAGAACACAAACUGUAAUUCCAAAAGCGUGAGCAACUGUGAAGACAAUGUUGCUGAAAAUGUACCCAACCUCUGUCUGCCUGACUUCCCAAUUUCUAGUCCUCCUCAAAUCCUUUCCAUGUCAGAACUCCUGGAAGCAGCCAAUGAACUUUCAAAAAUGACCAUAGCACAUGAAAUUGUAGUAAACCAUGACUUCCAAUUACAAGAUGCGAACUUCUUACCAAACAGUUUAGAAAGCAGGGUGAAGGAGACACUGCACAAUGCUUUUUGGGACAGUCUGAGAGAAGAGCUUUCUAAAACACCACCAGACUAUUCCCAUGUGGUCAGACUAAUCCAAGAAAUCAAAGAGAGCCUGCUGUCUUUGAUCCUGCCCCGGCACAACCGAUUGCGGAAUCAGAUUGAAGACACUCUGGAUAUGGAGCUGAUAAAGCAAGAGGCUGAGCAUGGGGCUUUGAACAUCCCCAGCCUUACCACUUAUAUCCUGGGUAUGAUGGCAAUGCUCUGUGCACCUAUCAGAGAUGAGGAAAUACAGAGACUACGAAACAUAUCAGACCCUGUUUAUCUGCUCAGAGAGAUAUUUCGAAUUCUGGACCUAAUGAAAAUGGACAUGGUAAAUUUUACCAUACAAGCCCUCCAACCUUAUCUCCAAGAGCACUCUGUCCAGUAUGAGAGGAAAAAAUUCCGGGAGAUCCUGAACAAACUACCAAGUGCAUUUAUUGAAGGCAAUCUGGCUUGUACAACUGAGUGGCUGCGCACAGCAGCAUCUAAAGUAUCAGCUUCUGAUUUGGCACCAUCUUCAUCCAACCCUGAGACCAGUGGAUCAUCUGUUCCACCACGAGAAGUGGCUGCUGGAGAAGUUUCAAUAUGUAGUCCUACUGCUGUGCUAAACCAAGCAUACAUGGACUUGCUGCAUUGGGAGCCAGGAAAAUACUAUCCUGAAACUUUGUUAAUGGACAAAGACCGUUUACAUAUGAUCCAGAUGCAAGUGAAUCAGCUGACCCUUAUUGCAGCAGUCGUACUAGUGAGCAACAGCAUAUGUGGAAAUGUGCUGUCCAACUCACCGGGGUGUGUAGAUAGACUGAAAUGGGUAACAAAAGCCCUCACAGAUGGGCUUCCGCAAAUGAGGUUAGAAGAUGCUUUACAGGACAUCAGCAAUCAAAUACAUCAGGAAGUAAAUAGCAUUCUGCUCCAACUGGGGCAUCCUGCUCUCAGUGAUGAAAAGGCUGCUUCACUGAAAGGUCAGAUUAGGAGCAUUGCAGAUAAGGACAAUGCAGUACGAAUGGUAAUAGAGCAACGGAUUGAAAAUUUUCUAGGGCACUGUGUGUCUCCUGCUGGCCAAAACUCUAAGAAUCUCCCCCAUGGCCUUGCUCCCGUUCAGGAAGAAAUGCUGGAAGUUGGCCAGAGAUUUGGCAGUUUGACUGCCCACAACAGACAGGUGUUUGGUCCCUACUACUCAGAAAUACUGAAGAAUUUUCUGCUUCCUGAGGGGAAGAAUGAAGGAGGGAUAAUUAACCAUCUUCAAUGAGGCAGUGCACGUGGCAGCAGGGAGAAGGAAAAAAGACUGGCAGUUGUUCAGACUGCUUUGGGUCAAGGUUUUGUGUAAUCAACUAAGCAUUGCCCUGCUCUGUGCAGUGAUACCCAAAGCACUUGUUCAGAUGGAUUCUUGAAGCUGCUGAAAUACCAACUGACAAUGCCAAGUUCCGCCACAAUAAACCUUCGAACAGC